CCCUGACAGCAGCACUGUCGUGCUAAAGACCAAGACCCAGGAACUGGACUGUGUUAGUUCACAUUUUUGAAGCGUGCACAGUUGAUCAGAAGUUGCUACUUGAAUAGUGGACUACACUGUGGAUGAUAGAUGAAGGACAGAGGAAGAUCUUUCAGCAGCCGUUUGCAUGCAAAAGAAUUAGCAGCAAGAACUCCUAGCUGAGAGCGUCCUGUCACAUAUGGUUGGUAAAAUAUUUAAAGGAUUUGGGUAAAAGUGAGUGCCGACAGCUCUUGUCACUCUUAGAGCCUGUAGUCCUUCAGACCUGUGGCAGGGUGUGUGAGAGGAGGGUUGGCUGCACUUCAUUUGCUCUGCAGCAGGGCGUGCAUCUGUUGCAUUUGUACAUCCGAUGUGCUCCAGCUGACGUGGUUUGUGGAUGUUUGGUUUGAAAAAAGGAUGGAGUUCUUAGAACAUGCGUUUAAUGCCCCUUCAGAAAGCUACUGUCUCCCAGCACUGGUUGUGGUAUGUUGGAACUGAAUGCAAAUUUUUUGUCUUAAAGCUUAUUAGUUAAGUCUUGACUUUUUCAGCCCCUGAGCUAUUAUGGGUAUUAUCAUUUGCAAGGGCAAUCAUUGGGGCACUGCAUGGGGGGCAUUGUGUGGCUGCUUUCACCUGGCAAGUGCAGCCUGCCUGCAGAGCACAACGCCCAUCUACCCCAGUAUGUACCCCAGUAGAUGGGCUGCUGCUGCAGAGAUCACAUUCAGAGUACAAAAUGUUUAAGGCUAACGGAUGAUUCCUUUGCCUCACUUUUUAUUCUUCUGCAGUCCUCUGGGACAAGGCAGGAACUUUUAGAGGGAGCCUGGGGUCAGGCAGAGAAUGAGAGGUGAGGACGAAGCAGAUGGAAGAACUCAACUUUGCGUGGAUGGGAAGUAAAUAUGACUUCACAGUCUUGCUGAUCUGCUAACUUUGAUCAUGCAUUCCCUCACGGCAGCCUCAGAUCCAAACUUUUCUCUGCCACGUGGAAUUUUCCUGCUGCCCUCUUCCUUCCGAACAGUUUGUGCAUCAUUUCAAGGGCUUGGACAGCAUCUUUCUCAUGCCGCUAACUGGGAGACAGGGUCAGCGCCCUUACACAAGAAAUGCUGGUGUGGAUGCUGUGAUGUUCCUCUGCUUUCUGCCUCUGGAUGUUCACACUGCAGUCAGUUCUGCCAGCACUAACAGCCUAUUCAUCUCUCAAGUGUGACAGCAAGUACCGGGACUCCAUACAGUGUGUGGGAAUCCCCUUGCCUGCAGAAAAGCACCAAUCCUUGCACUCAGGCUCACAUGUGUUUCAUCUUCAAUGGGGGGUGGAGGUGGGGCAGAAGGGAGCUGUGUCUGAGCAUAUUCUCCUGACCCAAAUGCUGCUGGAGAAACCCGCAGUGUUACUUAUGUGGAUUUCCUUUUUCUUGCUUGCUUUUUUUUCUUUUCUUUUUUUUUUUUCUUGUUCCUCUCUCCUGAUUUACUGCAUUUGCUCACGUGGCUUUGGAAAGGGGGGUUCUGAAGGCGUUUUGCUUCCAAAAGGAAAAGGAGCUGGCAAGCAUUCAUAUUUUACUUCUCAAGUUAUGUAGGGUAAAGUCUCCCAGUGGGAAAAGGGGAGAUAUAAGAGAGCAGAGAGCUGGUGGUGGUACUUGCCAGAAGGAAAACGACAAAGAGGAGUGUGUAACUCUGGAGCUACAUCCAGACCAAAGUGAAGUUUCAGAGGUGAGCGAUGUGACAGCAAAGUGCUGAUAGCACAUGCAUUUCCUACAGAACCUCCCUUUCUGCCAGAACCAACAUGCAGAGCAACUACUCCAUGCUCAUCACCACCAGGGAAACUCUCCAGAUCUUCUAUACAGCACAGGCAAACUCAUCGGCUGCGUUGCGCUCACCGCCUCCCUGCCCACUGACCUCUUCCAAUUACCAGUUUUCAUUAAUUCCAGCAUUCUUCUCUGUGGUUUUUGCUCUGGGUUUGGUUGGCAAUAGCGUGGUGGUUGUGGUGCUCUGUCAUCGCAGCAGCCCCAAAACAGUUGCUAAUAUCUACAUUUUUAACUUGGCUAUGGCGGAUCUGCUGUGUCUCGCCACCCUUCCCUUCUGGGCUGCCUAUUAUGCGCAGGGGUACAACUGGAUCUUUGGAUCUCUCAUGUGCAAAAUCUCCAGUUCUGUCCUGUGUCUGAACAUGUUUGCAAGCAUAUUUUUCAUUACAUGCAUGAGCGUGGACCGGUACCAUGCGAUUGUCCAUCCUAUUCGCUCCCAAAGAAGGACUCCACAUCAGGCGUAUUUUAUCGCAUUGGUUGUGUGGGGCCUUGCCUGUUUGUCCUCCCUCCCAACUUUUUAUUUCCGUGACACACACUACAUUAAAAGCAUGGAGGUGAAAGCAUGCAUUAUGGCAUUUCCUCAUGAGAGUUACGCAGAGUGGUCUGUGGGAACAGCCUUCCUGAAAAAUGCACUCGGCUUCUUCAUCCCCUUGACGGUGAUCACCACGUGCUACGUCUGCAUCAGGAGGCACUUGAUAAAAGCACAGGAGUUUGGCAAAAACAAGCAGAAGAGGGACAGAGUCCUAAAGCUGGUGGCUGCUGUUGUUGUGGCCUUCUUAAUUUGCUGGCUCCCAUUCCACAUUUUGACGUUUUUGGAUGCCCUGGCUCAUAUGAACAUCAUUGACAACUGUGAUGUGACAGGAAUCAUUGACACAGCACUGCCAUUUGGCAUCUGCAUGGCUUUUGCCAACAGCUGCAUCAACCCUUUGGUGUACUGCUUCAUUGGGAACCAGUUCCAGGAGAAGCUCCAUCGCUUGUUUAAGCGGCGAGUUUACCAGUUCAACAGCCAACGAGAGAGCUCUUCUUUGAGGAAAGGGAGCUGCCUCCGAGACACUGAGACAGCAGUGGGCAGGGAGAGGGAGCCCGAGUCCUUGCUGUAGGCAUUGUGACAUGGGGC